UUCCACAGCUGCACUCCAACAGAAGGCAGUGUAUGCCCCAGAGAUCCAUCAUGAGCCUCGGGGUUCCUCUUCUGCUCUGUCUGGCUGUGGUUUCUGCCUUUCCAAUGCUGCCUCCACACUUGUGGACAAAAAUCAUCCUCACCCACCAUUGGCCCAGCACUUUUUGUGGCAUGGAGCACUGCCAUAAUAAUAUUAGCUUCUGGACACUACAUGGGCUCUGGCCUGAUAAAGGGAAUCUUUGCAAUUCAUCAUGGCAUUUCAAUUCUUCUGAAAUAGAGGACUUGCUCCCAGACAUGGAGAAGAGUUGGCCUGACUUACUAAAGCCUACAUCAUUUGCAUUUUGGAAGUAUGAGUGGUCCAAACAUGGCACAUGUGCUGCUAAAGCACCCUCUCUUGAUAGUCAACAUAAAUACUUCAGCAAGGCAUUGGAACUGUACCAUAAAUUGGACUUGACUAGCAUCCUUCAGAAAUUUGAUAUUAUUCCAUCUGAAAACUACUACAAAUUUUCCCAAAUUGAAGGUGUCAUAGAGAACUUCUACGGUGUUAAACCGAAGAUCCAGUGUGUGCACCCUUCAAAGAAUUCCGAUGCUCAGACUUUGGGUCAGAUCGAGAUUUGUUUCAACUCUGACUUCUCGCUCGUGGAUUGUGAAAAACAGCUCCCACUUGAAGACCAGCGUUUUUCCAAAGCAUCUAUUUUCAGUGUCUGUGAACAGGACAUCCCAGUUUACUACCCACCUCUUCGAAACACACUGUAGCGUUACUCAUUUCUGCAGCAGUCUAACGUUAUAACAGUCACCAGUGUGGUUAGCUAGCACUUUGUAUUCACGGGAGGAAAUAAACAAACCGCCAUUAUUUCUUUGAACCAGGAACUUAAUGCACCGUUUAUUCUGCGCAUGCUCACAAUACCAUUUCAGUGCACGCAGGCACAUGACAUCACUGCGUAAGAUAUUCAAUAUGGCUUUGCUAUUUAUAUUAUUAAAUGCGCUUAACACUCCCACUCAAAGACAUUUUUUUAGUCCUCUAUGAUGGUAAACAAAAACCAAAAAACUCCAAAAUAAAACAUUUUGGCAUACUGGCACUGUUAACACUUCAAACACAUUUACAUCUGCCAGUUCACAUCACUCUCCAAACAAAUACCCCUUGAACUUCUCAAAUUUAGCCUUUGUCACUGGCUUGGUAAAAACAUCAGCUACCAUGUUUGCAGUAGGGCAGUAUUCUAUAGCAAUGUUCCCUUCAGUGUGCAGACUGUAUAAAGUGGUACUUUAUACCUACGUGUUUGCUCCUCUGUCUGCACACUGGGUUCUUAGAUAAAGCUAUUGCCCCCUGGUUGUCCUCAUAUAUCUUGACUGGUCGAUGCUGGUGACUACUAUCUAUUCCUUUAAGUAGUUGCACAAGGUACAUACUCUCUUGAGUAGUGGCUGCUAGUGCCAUAAACUGGGCUUCACAGGUGGAGAGUGCCACAGUUGGCUGUUUCCUGCUCUUCGAUGAUAUAACUGGAUCAUUCUCAGUCAAGCUGAAACAGUAUCCAGUUGUGCUCCUCCUAUCAUUUUUAUCAACUGCCCAAUCAGCAUCACUAUAUCCCUCAAGCUGAAGGCUUUCCUCACAUUUCUGGAAGUGUAGUUCUUGAUCUAUAGUACUCUUUAAGUACCUCAGUAGGUGCUGCUGCUUUGAUUCUGCUAGGUGUUGUGAUAGUUUACUAACAACCCAGCUCAAGUCAGGCCUAGUACAUGUCAUAAUGUAGAUGAAACUACCUACGAGUUCUCUAUAUCCAGUUGAAUCGAUAACUUCACCCUUAUUGUCAAAGUUUAACUUUUGCUCGCAUGGGGUUGAUCUCGACUUGCAUUCUGACAUUCCAAAUUUUGCUAACAUCUUCUCUGUCUUUCUUUUGAGUCAUUUUGAUCUCUCCUUCCUCUGUCUGAAAUCAAUACACAGGAAGUGUUUAAGUGGACCCAUAUAUUUCAUCUUAAACAUUCUCUUCAACAUUUCUUUUACAUCACUAGUAAGGUGUUGCUACUCGCCGCUAUGAUUAGGUCAUCCACCCAUACUAACAGAAUCACUUUCUCUGCUGUAGACACAAUGAUCAGCAUCAUUUUGUACAAAAGCAUUCUCUGUAAGGUGAUCAUGCAGUAACAUGUUCCAGUUACGCCCGGGCUGUUUUAAACCAUACACUGACUUAUUGAGUUUACAUACUAAGUGUUCUCCUGUUUUUGACUUGACCUCAAAACUAUCCGGUUGUUCCAUAUAUACCUCAGAGUCCAUUAGAGCAUGUAGGUAAGCAGUCUCUACAUCCAUUUGGUGUAGGGUAAGGUCCUCCUGUACAGCCACCUGCAUCAAUGCUCGGACAGGCGUCAUGUUGGCUGUCAGUGAAAAGGUCUCUUUAUAGUCAAUCCCUUCCACUUGACCAUAACCCUUUGCGACAUAUCUUGCUUUACAAGUCUCUAAUCCAUCUGGGCUCUCUUUCACUGCAUAUACCCAGCGACCUCCCACUGCUUGUUUGCCUCUUGGCAGUGGGGUCAGAGUGAAAGUCUCAUUCUCUGUCAAAGAGUUCAUCUCCUCUUUCAUUGCGUCAACCCACAUUUUUGACUUCUUAGAGUCCAUAGCCUCUGUAAAUGUUUUAGGUACAUCAUAUGCCACUCUGUAGAAAUAAUCUACAUUCUCACUUUCGUCAAUAUUACACUCUGCUUUACACUGGUACUCUUUUAAGUAUUCUGGAGCCUUUUCUCUCUUAUAGGAUACCUCCUUUCUCCCUGUUCUCUCUGAGUACUACCUGUCUGGGGCGGCUUUGCCUCUGCAGUCUCCUCAACACUAGACCCUUUACUCUCAUUAUGCUGUCCCUGACCCUGCUUGACUACCUUUGGUCGUGCAUCUUCAUAAUUCUCAAUAUCGCUCCCCAUAUCAGAACUUAAAAAUAUGUCUGAGUCUGGCUAUCUGCACUAAUAAUGAAUUUUACCAGCCUAUGUUUUAGGACUUUUCCGGUGUCAGGAUAAUACACGUUAUAUGCUGGACUAUACUUAUCAUAGCCGACAAAGACCCCCUUUUCACACCUAGAAUCCAGCUUCUUCUUAUCCUGCUUACAAACAAAAAACCACUAGUGUUUACAGUUGCACACUAAUUCUACACUCUUCGGAACCAAUGCCUCUUUGUUUACCGAUCAACUGUACUGUAAAUUUGAUCUUGUUAUAAAUUUCACAACGUGUACUUAAUAAGUCUACUGGUGUUGUUUGAGUGCUGUGUAAUUGGAUAUGAUGGGCUUUGGAAUGUAUUGCCUUUGCUAAAUGACAUUAAAAUAUUUUACACUCA